AUGUUCGGGCUAUUGUUCCUGGUUCUCUCCUGCCUGGGAAGCCCUGUGUCUGUGGCCUCUGGGUCUGUUUCCAGAACCAAGCCAGUGGGCAUCGUAGGGGGUCACCGAACCCAGCAGGGGAGGUGGCCAUGGCAGGUCAGCCUGAGAACUUACAGUUAUAAGACGGGCUCCUGGGUGCACAUCUGUGGGGGCUCCAUCAUCCAUCCACAGUGGAUACUGACUGCCGCCCACUGCUUUCUGAGCCAGGAAGCCGACCCAGCCUUAUACCGGGUCCAGGUGGGAGAAAUAUACCUCUACAAGGACCAGACACUUCUAAACGCCAGCAACAUCAUUAUCCACCCCGACUUCAACGUUUUCACUAAGAGGUUUGACUUGGCCCUGCUGAAGUUGACGGACCUCCUGGUCAUAUCCAAAGAUGUCCGGCCAGUCUCUCUGCCAGAAGACAACAUAACCUUCAACUCAACUGACCAGUGCUGGCUGGCUGGCUGGGGUCGCUUUCUUGACUAUGUGCCUCUGCAGCCUCCCUAUCAAUUGUACGAGGUGAAGAUCCCCAUUCGGGAUGACAAGACCUGCCGGCGGGCUUACAGGAAACAAAAAAGGAGGGACAAGACUAGGAUCAUCUUUGAGGACAUGCUGUGUGCUGGCACCUUAGGCCGAGGCCCCUGUACCGGUGACUCUGGAGGGCCCUUGGUCUGCUGGAAGAGCAAGCGAUGGCUGCAGGUGGGUGUGGUCAGCUGGGGGCGGGACUGCAGCAGCAGGCUGCCUGCGGUCUUCUCCAGAGUUCAGAGCUCCUUAGCCUGGAUCCGGCAGCAGAUCGAGUAGUCAGUCAGCCCACCCCUGCUGCUAACCAGCAGAGACAGCUUCCUGCCUCCUCUCUACUUCCUAGGCCCUUCCUUGCCAACUACCC